UUUGCAAACGAACUGCCGCGCCUUCUGAGUGUAGGGUUUCGUUCUAACUAUAUAAUGUUAUUAAUUUUAUCUUUUUAAUCUUUGUUUUGUGUCUGCAUGUUUACGUUCCAUUAAAAAAAAUGAAGAAUCUUCAUUUGUUGCUAGAGAUCUUUGCGUGCCUUAUUAUUGUCCAUAAAUCAUCAGCAAUAUACUGCUAUCAGUGUAAUUCUAAUGAAGAGACGUAUUGUGCCGAAGUGUUUAAUCGAGACCGACUGGCUCUGGAGCCAAAUUUGUGUGAUGGAAUUCAUGAAGCAAAAUAUUGCAUUAAAGCAACUGGAAUGUAUGAAGGCACUAUUGGUACUCGUCGAUUUUGUUCUUCGAGGCAUCACGGCAAUUAUUGUGAAUAUGUGAGACGUCCUGGUGAUGAACGAGAAUAUAGAUCAUGUGUUUACACUUGUUACAGUGAUGGUUGUAAUGGUGGAACUAUUGUUUCAAAAUCGGUAGUAUUGAUUUUCAUAUCUUGCUUCAUGUCAUUUAUUUUGUAUCUUUUAAAAUAAUCCAUGGACUUUGUUAUUACCAUGUACAGUUUGACUAUACAGUCGAUGAAUUUUGUACAUCAUUUAAACAUGAACUGAUUUUAAUCAAAUUCAGAAUGAUAUAUUUAUGCAUUGAUACAUCACCUCUAGUUGUUAUGACUGGUAUAUUUUAAAUGAAAUGUUUUUGACGAAUAAUUAUGACUCUCCAUGACAGUAUAUUUUGCACAGAGGCAUUAUUAUUAAUGUUUUCUAAAGCAUUCAUAAUUUUUUAUGUUAAUUGGUUUUAACUCAUUUUUCAGUGCUCUAGAAGAGUGAUUAUUUUAGAUAUAUAGAAAGUUUUAGUAAACUUUUAUGAAAUAUUGUCAUAAUUGUAAAGUUAAUGUGCAGUUGAAUUAUGUAAUCUUUUAAAAGCAUUUUUAAUUUCAUUUAAAUUUUGGAAACAUGAUGAAUUGUGUUUUGAAACAAAAUUUAUUUCUAAUGCUAAAUUUAUUUCUAUAAUAUUUCUAUAAUUACAUGUAUGCAUAGCUAGUUGUAAUCUGUCUAAAAAUUACAAAUUUUAUUUAAUAAUCGUGUAUUCCAUGCAAAAAAUGGAAA